GGUCAUCUGGUCGUUGGUCACCUGGACCUCCAACACGAUUUGCAGUUAGUUCGUUGUCGCGUGAAAUGGCGGGGCGAUAAGAAGAAAAACAGCCAGGAAUUUGAGACCUGUCUACAGAUACCUCCUCCCAUCUACCUAAGAACCCGAGUCUUCCCAUCAGCUUCCUUCUACCAUCACCAUCACCAUCACAACCACAACCACAGACACAAAAGGCAUAAUGGACGCGGCAGAAGCAGAUACGCAGCCGAUACCGAUACCGGGUUGCAAGUCGGAUGGCACGUCAACGGAUAGCGAAGUUGCUCUAACACCAAACCCCAACGGAACCCCCCCUCUGAGUACAUCAGCGACGGAUCAUGGCGCCGACACUCCUACUUUGGGGCCAACGACCCCCAAGAGUCCCGGACUCUCGAGGAAUCCGUCAUUCUCGGGCAGUAGCUCCUACCAGGAGGACUGGGAGGCCUUCCCACCCCUGGAUCGCUUGACCGUUCUCGACAUCCUCGAUAAUUUUGCCCUGCCUCACCAGCUCGAGAAACUGCAAAAAGGGAUAUCAGCACAGGCCGAGAAGGUGCGCAAGUCACGCGAGGCAAUAAAGAACCGAAGCCAAAAGGCUCGCACGCGAAUGGUCGAAGAGUGGCGCCGACACGUCCCCGAUGCCGAGGAGCAGCUCGACCGAUAUACGAAGCGGAUGCGGAAGAGCGUCGAGAAGCUAGGGAAGCAGUGGAACGAUACCAAGGUUAUCACCUUGCGCGAGAAGGUCUCGUUCAUCUUUGGGGUCAUGAACAUCUUCAUCAGCGGCUAUCUGCUCGGCGGCUUCCCCCAGUACUUCCAUCUUUGGUACACGGCCCAGAUUCUCUACUUUAUGCCGAUCCGGUUCUACACAUAUCACAAACGCGGCUACCACUAUUUCCUCGCCGACCUAUGCUAUUUCGCCAACUUCCUCCUCAUCCUCAGCUUGUGGAUCUUCCCGGGCUCGAAAAGACUCUUUACGGCGGUUUACUGUCUGGCCUUUGGCAACAACGCCGUCGCCAUCAUCAUGUGGCGUAACUCGCUGGUCUUCCACAGCUUCGACAAGGUCACGUCUCUCUUCAUCCAUAUCAUGCCGUGCGCGACCCUGCACUGCCUGGUCCAUCUCCUGUCCUCCGAGCAGCUGAAGAUCAAGCACCCAGCCGCCUGGGCCAUCAAAAACAGCCCGCUGGGCUCUCCGACGGCCUACGCCAAUGUCUGGUCCAUGCUGGCCUGGUCCAGCAUUCCAUACGCCCUCUGGCAGCUGAGCUACUACUUCUUCAUCACCGUCCGCCGCCGCGAGAAGAUCGCGGCCGGGCGCCCCACCUCGUUCACCUGGCUGCGCAAGUCCUACAGCAAGGUCUGGAUCGGCAGGGUCGUCCUGUCGCUGCCGAGCAGUCUCCAGGAGCCCGCCUUCAUGCUGAUCCAGUACGCCUACGCCGUCCUGACCAUGCUCCCCUGCCCGAUUUGGUUCCACAGCCGCUGGGCCAGCGCCCUCUUCCUGCUCGCCGUGUUCGGCUGGUCGGUCUACAACGGAAGCACCUACUACAUUGACGUGUUCGGCAACCGCUUCCAGAAGGAGCUCGAGGCCAUGAAGGCCGAGGUGGCCAAGUGGCAGAACAGCCCCAACGGCUCGGCCACCAGCCCCGUGAUGGCGCCGCACCCGCCGCCGACCGCCGACUCGGACGGGAAGCAGCUCGGUGGGGCGCCCAGUACAGUCGAGGACGCGCCGGGCCGAGAGACCCUGGAUAGCAUCCCCUUGCUCGUUGACGAGGACCUCGCGUCGGGGGCCGCCACGGGAGUGGACAUGGAUGCUGGGGCCAAAUUCAUUGCCAGAGAGAGGAAGGUGACGGCUGAAACGGCGUUGGGGACCUGAUGGGGGCGUUUUCUGCUUUUUGCGGCUUUGUCUUCUGAUGUUUUCUGCUGCCGGCUUCAUAUCUGGUAUAUUGCUUGCAAGGUGUGACGGUUACGUGAUUUACAAGAUA